UUAUGUCGUCUUUUCUCUGCAGAUGAGUGACCAAGAGAGCAGCACGUCCACCUCUCAGACGGAGGGAGAGGUGGAGGGAGAGCUGGAUGAAGAGGUGGACACAGAGAUGGAGGGUGAAGGAGAACACGAUUCAAAACACAGGGACAGUCCGCCUCUCCAAAUAUCCAGCUUCUCCUCCACUCUGCGUGCCGUCAUUCGGAUCAAACAGAAGUACCAUGCCUUGAAGAAGAGGCGUCAGGAGGCGGAGGGGGACGGGGCCCUCACAGGGGCCACAGGGAGGACCAGCCCCAAAAUCUUCACCUUCGACGGAACAACCCCUAUCGCCUUGUCCGUCCCCCAGAAGAAGAAGAGGAAAAGGAGGAGACGGGUGAUGUAUCCCAACAGAGGGAAGCGCCGGGCCCUCCCAAAACCGGCGCGCAGCCGAGCCAAAUACUGCCUCUACCUGCUCUUCGCCAUCGUCUUCGUCCAGGUGUACAACGCUAUAGAGAACCUCGACGACCACCUUCUCAGGUACGACCUGGAGGGGCUGGACAAGACGCUGAGGAGGGAGGUGUUCGGGCAGCAGGGAGCGGUGGAGGGUCUGCUGUCCCACCUGAAGGAAUACCUGUCCACCUACGUCCACAACAAGCCCCUGGUGCUGUCCCUGCACGGCCCCAGCGGAGUGGGAAAAAGCCACCUGGGACGCCUCCUGGCGGGACAUUUCCGCUCAGUGGUGGGGGAGACGCUGGUGCUUCAGUACUACGUCCUCCACCACUGCCCCCAGGAGGCAGACGCCCUGCAGUGCGCCCGAGACCUCUCUGCUCUGAUCUCGGAGAUUGUGGAACGAGCCGAGGAGGAGGAGAAGAUCCCGCUCUUCAUCUUCGACGAGGCCGAGCACAUGCACGGAGAGAUCCUGGACGCGCUGCUGCAACUCGUGUCGUCCGAACAAACCAACGAGUAUCUGAACGCUAUCUACCUGUUCCUGAGCAACCUGGGGCACUCACACAUCACCAAACAUAUGCUGCACAACUCCUCCAGUACUUCUAUGGCGAAAUCCGGUCGUUAUAGUCACUUUGUAAAAGAGCUGACUCCGAUUUUACGUAACACUCUGGAGAAGCUUCACGUGCUGUGGACCGAGGCGGACAUCUUACCUUUGGGCCUUUUGGAGAAAGGUCAAGUGAUGGAGUGCUUCCUGGAUGAAAUGACUCGAGAGGGCUUCUACCCGGAUCAUACCAACAUAGAGCGCCUAGCGGGGGAGAUUGAAUACUACCCCGAGGUAGGGGGACAUGAGUACUCCCAGACAGGAUGCAAGCAAGUGGUAGCAAAGGUCAACCUGCUGUGAAAUGCUCUGCAUCUUGGAUGUUUCACAUUCUUGAAAGCAUGAAGAAAAUGUGCAUGAUAUGUGGGUGAGGUCUAAGGGUUAUGAAACUUGAAUGGCAAAAUCACAGCUUUCGAGAAAAUCGCAAAGGGUGUUGAAGAUGUUCCCCUCUGUUGUGGGAAAUGUGGCGUGAAUCCUGUGAAGAGGUUUGAAAACGCGCGGUCACAUACAGUAAACAGUCCUCAGAGGGUCAGUUCACCGUGAGAAAAAGCUGGUUUUGACUGAAUGAAUGUCAGCUCUCACAUGUAGUUCGGACAUUAAUAUACCCCUUAGAAUUAAUCGUUAUAACUUUUAUGCUCCCUUACUUUUCUUCUAAUGCCAUCAUCAGAUGCAAAGUUUACUUUACAAAUAUUUUUGCAAAUGCAUUGACGUUUCCAUCAGAGCAACUGUACUUGGUGGUCUUACUUCCAAUAUUCAAAAUGAUCACGGCAAAUGAAGUUUCACUGAUUUCCAGUAUAAUGAAGUUAAGGCAGACAUCUAAGAGAAGCAUUUUCAAAAACCUGAAACAAACAUUUCCCUAGAGGUAAUUGAAAAUGACUUCUUUAUUAUGUGGGAACUGACCCUUUGCAUAUGUCACAACUACAUGUUAGGCAGCUCAGACCGACAUUGGACACAAGCAAUAUUCAUUCAUGUAAUAAAGUGAAGUUCAGAUAUUUAUAGUGCAGUUACUAACACACAUUGUUAGUCAAUAAGAAGUUGCUUUUUUGUCAGAAAUGUCUUACGUGAUGCAGCAUGACUUUUAUUAAUGCUAGUGCAAGUCUGUGGAUAGUCUUAUUUAGUCCACAUUGUAGAUUUACUUAAAUAAUGUGAAUUUAAGUAACUCAUUCUGACUUUGACCUGCAGAAGAAGAAUAUCUGCUUUGUUUUAGAAUACCUGACACAUUUAUUUAUUAAAGAUAGUUUUGCAUGGGUAUGCUACAUGUUCACAUCCAGAGAUAUUGACAUAAGGUCAACACAGACUUGCACUAGGAUUAUGUUUUAUUGACCUAAUGAAAGUUAUCGAGUCAAGAGUAUGUUAAUAUCCUGUAUUCAGGUAUCCUACAGUCGAAAUGUAAACUUAAUUGUGUUUCAAAUUAAAAAGACACCAUUUAAACAGCUGUGAGAUUGUUCUUUAAAAGCAAAACAUGGAUAAAAGCAAAAUAUGGCUCUUAAAUAAUGAAAGAUUACGAGUUAAAAACAACAGCAAAAAUAAUAGUCUACGCUUAUUGAUGAAGCAAUAAUUACAACAACUUUCAGAUAGUGUUUUUUCAUGAUUAGAAUUCCUUUAAUUGACAUUGGAAAAAAAUGAGGUACUGUGUCUAAGUCACAAAGAAAAGUAAGCCUUAUGACAACACAAUAAGAUGGAAACAAAAAAACACACAUUUUGGUUGCAGAAAGGAUAAAAGGAAAGUCAUUUAGGACAACCUCUUGAAUAACCCUAUGCAGUGUUUUGACCGAGUCCCUCUGAGGACAAUCAGCUGUAUUUUAUGUACAGAUCUGAGGAGUGUUUUCGAGGAGAGAGCACUGACGGCAAUGGGUCCUCGAGCAACAUGAGGAAACAGCUGGAAGUUGAGUUAAGACGAGUAGUUACCAGCAGAUGCUAAAUAUCCAGCCUCUUUGUGAACGGCUGAGA